AUGCCAAGGAUCAGGUCCUUGAUCAGGUCCCCUGAAGACUUGAUAGCAUUCUUCGGACAUGGCGAGUUUAUUAUCUUAAAUUCUGUUGAGUUCCACAGGAAUUCUCAGUUUCUCCUUGUUGGUGGAUUGGAUAAAAAACUCAGAUUUUUCCAGAUUGAUGGGAAACGUAACACGAAGAUACGGAGCAUCUUUCUUGAGGAUUUUCUUAAAAAGGCGUCUUUUUUGCCCAAUGGGUCUCAAGUUAUUGUAUCAGGAAGAAGAAAGUUCUUUCAUGUACUAGACUUGGUCAAAGCAAGUGUAGAUAAAGUAGGUCCUUUAGUUGGCAGGGAAGAAAAGAGCCUUGAAAGUUUUGAGUCUCCUGAUUCAGAUACAAUGGCUUUUCUUGGUAAUGAAGGAUAUAUUUUGCUAGUUUCCUCCAAAACAAAGGAGCUAAUUGGGACACUAAAAAUGAACGGAACUGUACGCUCCGUGACAUUCACUGAUGACGGAUGACAAUUACUGAGCUCUGGUGGAGAUGGACAGAUUUACCAUUGGGAUUUGAGAACAAGGACUUGCAUUCAUAAAGGUGUAGAUGAAGGAUCCAUAAAUGGUACAGCUCUUUGUGCUUCUCCAAAUGGAAGUUUGUUUGCUUCUGGUUCAGACAGUGGAAUCGUAAAUAUUUAUAACAGACAAGAGUUUUUAGGGGGAAAGAGAAAACCAAUCAAGGCAAUUGAGAAUCUGACCACGAAAGUGGAUUUUAUGAAAUUUAACCAUGAUGCUCAAAUAUUAGCCAUCAGUUCUAGCAUGACGAAAAACAGCUCAAAGCUAAUUCACAUUCCAUCAUUUACAGUUUUUUCAAACUGGCCCCCUGUAAAUCAGGCUGUGCACUAUCCUCGCUGCUUGGAUUUUAGUCCUCACGGAGGAUUCAUGGCUACGGGAAAUGCUGAAGGAAAAGUGUUACUGUACAAGUUGCAUCAUUACCAUGAUGCAUAGUUAGUUUGGAUACUGUUGGCAUUAUGAGCCAGAAAUGUUUUUGUUAGCGUAGUAUGAGUUCAAAGGCAUGAUUUAUUUUUUUCCCUUUCAGUUUUCUGAUGUAACAGUAUUUUUCAAUGUAUGGCAAGAUUAUAUCUAUGAUUUGGUUAAUUUUGGUAAA